AUGACUGGCAAUCAAGGUCCACCAUUCGACAGAUCCCAAGAUCCUCAGAAUGGACUCAUCUACCCAACAUUCUUUUGGUGCCACUAUUGUCAAGAAAAUCCAAGUGGAAGUGGCUGGCGUUAUUCCUACGAAAUGACCAACUUUGUUUUUCAUGAUGAUUCAUUUACAACAAUACUUAUUACUGAUGUGGUGAAUGUACAGAGACCACGUAUUACUUGCAAAGGGGAUUUGAUUGGCUUGGAACAAACCUACAAUGUUGAUUUAUCAUUUGCAUCACACGGUACUGAUGUUUCUGAUAUUUCAGAGUGUUGCAAUGUCUGGUUUGGUUAUCCACAUAAUUCACUAUUCGAACAUGCAGUAGAUGGUAACUUGACUGCCUUAAAGAAAUGUUUAGAAAAUACUAAUAACAGUCAUGAUAUCAAUGAAAAACUCCAAUUCGGUGAUGAAUGGACUCCUUUACAUGGUGCAGUCGUUUACAAUCAAUUGGAAAUUGUUGAACAUUUGUUAAAACAUGGUGCUGAUUAUACAAUUACCGAUAAAAGAGGAAGAUCGUGUCUCACCUUGGCUAGGAUUUUGAAUUUUACACAAUGUGUUACCAUGUUGAAGAAAUAUGUUAGUUCUGAUUAUUUACAAAAUCAAUAUCAAAAUGAAUUAGCAGAAAAUGAACGUCAACUUGCUCAAACAAGAUCAGAACUUAUUACAAGUUAUGGAAUGAAUGCAUAA